AUGCGGAUUGGUGACGGACACACAGGCGGAGGGCGUGACAGUCACGUCUCUUCUCAUGUGACGGGCUUCUCACCACAGAUGUCUGGCUCAAAGCCCGAUCACCCUGGCAGCGGCGGUGUUCCAAACAGCGGCGGAGGUCGGCAGCGUGUCUGUUACAACUGCGGGAAAAGCGGACAUCUCGCGGCCAGCUGUUUUGAGGUUCUCGGUUAUCCUGACUGGUACCCCCGUGGUGGUGCUGGCCGCAGAGGUGGUAGGCGCGGCCGCGGCGGUCGUGGCGGGGGUGCUCCUGCCCAAGCAAACGGUAAAGGUGGGAAGGCUUUUGAAAAAGUUUUGCAUGAGCACAUCGUUCCAUGGCUAACAGUCGUAGAUGACCUUAAAACAAAUGUUGUGGUGCGGGUUGAUAAAUUUGUCGAGAAACGUGAACUAUUGUUUAGCUUCCAAGAACAAGAAACAUGUGCGGACGAUUGGUAUUUCAAGUACAAGCAGUUGUUCGAAUGUAGAAAUGGCAAGCGUGAUUCGGCUAAUCCGUUUGUGGAUAUUUGUGACGAGAUCUUAAAAUGGUCCCCAUUUCCUGAGCGACAACCGUUUCAUAAUCUUUAUUUGGAUUCAUAA